GCGCUUCGAGACGCAGCUGGGCACCUUGGCUCAGUUCCCCAAUACCCUCCUGGGGGACCCAGCCAAGCGUCUGCGCUACUUUGACCCUCUGAGAAAUGAGUACUUCUUCGACCGCAAUCGGCCCAGCUUCGAUGGCAUCCUCUACUACUACCAGUCUGGAGGUCGCCUGCGGAGGCCGGUCAAUGUCUCCCUGGACGUGUUCGCAGAUGAGAUCCGCUUUUACCAGCUGGGGGACGAGGCCAUGGAGCGCUUCAGGGAGGACGAGGGCUUCAUUAAAGAAGAGGAGAAACCCCUGCCCCGUAACGAGUUCCAACGUCAGGUGUGGCUGAUCUUUGAAUACCCGGAAAGCUCUGGGUCAGCACGGGCCAUCGCCAUCGUGUCCGUCUUAGUCAUUCUCAUUUCUAUCAUCACCUUCUGCUUGGAGACCCUGCCUGAGUUCAGGGAUGAACGUGAGCUUCUUCGACAUCCCCCGGUGCCUCACCAGCCUUCUGCCCCCGCCUCAGGGACCAAUGGCAGCGGGGCCAUGGCACCUCCCUCUGGCCCGACAGUGGCCCCACUCCUGCCUAGGACAUUGGCAGACCCUUUCUUCAUUGUAGAGACCACGUGUGUCAUCUGGUUCACUUUUGAGCUGCUUGUGCGCUUCUUUGCCUGUCCCAGCAAGGCAGAGUUCUCCAGGAACAUCAUGAACAUCAUUGAUAUUGUGGCCAUCUUCCCCUACUUCAUCACCCUGGGCACUGAACUGGCAGAACAACAGCCAGGAGGUGGAGGAGGGGGUGGCCAGAACGGGCAGCAGGCCAUGUCCUUGGCCAUCCUCAGGGUGAUCCGCCUGGUCCGGGUGUUCCGCAUCUUCAAGCUCUCGAGACACUCCAAGGGGCUGCAGAUCCUGGGGAAGACCUUGCAGGCCUCCAUGAGGGAGCUAGGGCUGCUCAUCUUCUUCCUUUUCCUUGGAGUCAUCCUCUUUUCCAGUGCCGUCUACUUUGCAGAAGCAGACAACCAGGGGUCCCACUUCUCCAGCAUCCCUGAUGCCUUCUGGUGGGCAGUAGUCACUAUGACCACCGUGGGCUAUGGGGACAUGAGGCCCAUCACAGUGGGUGGUAAGAUUGUGGGCUCUCUGUGUGCCAUUGCUGGGGUCCUCACCAUUGCCCUGCCUGUGCCCGUCAUUGUCUCCAACUUUAACUACUUCUACCACCGGGAGACAGACCAUGAAGAGCAGGCAGCCCUGAAGGAAGAGCAAGGCAACCAGAGACGGGGGUCUGGACUAGACUCCGGAGGCCAAAGGAAGUCCAGCUGGAGCAAGGCUUCCCUCUGCAAGGCUGGGGGGUCCCUGGAGAAUUCUGACAGUAACCGAAGGGGCAGCUGCCCCCUGGAGAAGUGUAAUCUCAAGGCCAAGAGCAACGUUGACUUGCGGAGAUCUCUGUAUGCCCUCUGUCUGGACAGCAGCCGGGAAACAGAUUUGUAAAGGGAGGCAGCAGAGUGGGAAACAGGGGUGGCCUCUGAAGCUGGGGAUUUACUUUAUACCACAGAGUAUUCCAAGUCCACCUUGUUACUGAAGCCUGUUUUUCUCUUCCUCCUAUCCUCUAACUCCCCAUUUUCCCUCUUUUUUCCAUGACACCAAGGGUCGCCUAUUUUUAAAAAGUACCACAUUCCAUGACGCAGGAGCUGUUGAAAUGGUGAGCGCUGUGAGAUGGAUGUAUUUGUAGCCAGUUUCCUAUACCCAGCAGAGGGAUAACCCAAACAAAAAUGACUUUAAAUAGCUCAGAUCCCAAGAGAUUUUGUAGCUCUCCCCAUCCAUGUGUUCCAAAUUUGUUUUACAUAUUAUUAUAUUUGUGUAUAGGAGACAAUGUUAUUUUUAUGGCUGGUGAGUGAAUUUUUGUACUGUAG